UGUGAGAAAUCGUGGAUUGUGGUACUUAGUAAACAAUAAGCAGGAAAGUUCCCUUAAGAUCGAUUCGGGUUUUUUUUUGUCCAAACUGUCUGUAAAUAAUAAUUUGAUUCAUAAAUGUAUUGGACUUUUUGCUUAGAAAGAGGUGCACCACAGCGUGUAAACCAUGCUUCAGUUGCAAUUGGGGAUAAAAUAUACUCUUUUGGUGGAUAUUGUGGUGAAGAAGAUAUGCCAAUAUUUAUUGAUGUUCAUUGUUUUGAUACAAAUACAUUGAAAUGGUCAAAAAUUAAUUAUGAAGAAACCAGGAAUUGUCCAUUGUCUUGCUAUGGCCACUCUGUUGUUGCAUAUCAACAUCUGAUUUAUCUGUGGGGAGGACAAAAUUUGCAUGGUGCUAGUAAUACUUUGUACUGUUUUAAUACAAAGACACUGUCAUGGACUAAACCCUUAACCUCUGGUCCAAUGCCUAAACCAACUGAUGGCCAUUCUGCAUGUGUUAUGGAAGAUCAUAUGUAUAUAUUUGGUGGUUUUGUAGAAGAGAAUGACAGUUACUCACAAAAAGUGUAUUCACUAAAUUUAAUCACUUUUAGAUGGCAAAGAGUACAGACGACUGGACUUCAGCCAUCUAAACGAGAUUUUCACACUGCCUCAGUGAUUGGCAGUUACAUGUAUAUUUUUGGUGGUAGGAGUUCAGAAAAUAAUGAAAAUGAAUUUUAUCCUCAUCAAAUAAUGUACCUUGAUACAAACAAUAUGAAGUGGAUAACACCAGUAUGUAAAGGAUCAAUACCAUGUGGGCGAAGGAGUCAUUCUGCUGUUGUAUAUAAUGGUGAAAUCUAUAUAAUUGGUGGUUAUGACGGCAACAGAGAAAUACACAUGAAUGAUGUAUAUAAAUAUAAUCCAGUUACUUCUGAAUGGACUGAAAUGAGAGUAUUUGGUAUAAAACCUCGUCCUCGUAGAAGACAUUGUUCUGUUCUUGUUGGAGAUAUUAUCUUCUUAUUUGGGGGCAGCAGUCCCGAAGAAAGUCCUUUCUUUUCAAGUAGACAUAUUCUGAGAGAACACUGUGAUUUGCACAUGUUGGAAUUUGUUCCCAGCUUGAAGAAACUUUCAAUGUUGAAAAUUAUGAAUGAUCAAAUCAGUGUUAGUUGUUUACCUGUUUCUUUACAGUCUGAAAUCAAGUGGCUAACAUCAUUAAAACGACAGCCUGCUUUCACUUACCAAAAGAGAGAAUAUACAAUAACUGCAGUGCAGGAAAUGCAUUGGACAGACUGUUUGGAAAAUGGUGGACCAAAGCAAUCGCUUCACGCUGCAGCUGCCGUUGGCAAUACAAUCUACACAUUUGGCGAUACUUGGAACAAGGGUGGGAGGUCGCCAAAAUCAAAUAUCGAAGUCUUUUGUUUAGACACAGACACCAUGGAGUGGUUCGAAGUCGAAUAUGAUGAAACCACUGAAUGCCCGAAGAACUGUCGUCGCCUUUCAGUCGUAGCUUUCCAGCACUUUAUUUUUUUAUGGGGUGGCAUCGAUGAUUAUUUGCAAGCCAAUCCUUUGUUCUGCUUCGACACGACAACCUUAACGUGGAGCAAACCUACGGUAUCUGGUCAAGUCCCUUACCCUAGAGCGUGCCAUACAGCAUGCGUUAUCGGUCACUAUAUGUACAUUUUUGGUGGUUACCACAACCUAAGCAUUAGUUUUCUCAACACAGUUUAUCGGCUGAAUUUAAUCACCUUCGAAUGGGAGGAAGUAUUCACUUCUGGCAUUCCUCCUCGCGAACGAAGAUUUCACUCGGUCUGCGUGGUAGAUGACCGAAUGUUCUUGUUUGGAGGAAUGGGAAUGGACCGUGCAGGAUAUCAUUACAUUAUUUUGGAUGACUUCUCCUAUUUGGAUACCAUAUCCAUGCGCUGGGUCACUCCAAAGUGCACUGGAAGAACGCCGUGUGGGAGAUUUAGUCAUACUGCUGUUGUCUGCAAUAAUGAGAUGUAUGUUAUUGGCGGACACAGGAGCUUCAGUAAGAAGAAGAUAAAUGAAUUGAAUGAUGUUUGGAAGUUCAACCCAAAUACUCAUGGGUGGACCCAAAUCACAGCAAAGGGACGGAGACCCUGCCCUAGAAGUGAGCACUGUUGUGUUGCUAUAGGAGAUCGCUUGUUUUUAUUUGGCGGCAAAAGCACUCGGCGAAACUUUCUCAGAAAUUAUGAUCACUGUAUCGUUCAUCAAGAUCUGCACGUUCUGGAUUUUUCUCCCAAUCUGAAAAUCUUAUGCGCAAUCAAAAUCAAUGAUUUCAAAAUUGAUGUUAGUCAUAUUCCAAAUGAUUUGCAAAAAGAAAUAAAAGAUGUAGAUGAUAGCCUUUGCUAUGGAUGGAAUCGUAUAAUAGAUGUGCGAUACGUAAAGAAGAAGCAAAAGAAGAAGAAUCGAAAGUCACCUCAGUAUCGGACGAUUACCGAUGUAUUGGAGAGAAGCGAAUCAUCAGAAGAUGCCAAUGAUUGUCAACCCCAAACAUUUUUCGUCACGCAUUGUUGAUAUUGUAUCAUAUUAGAAUUCGUAUAAAUUAUUUCACGAUUAUUAAACAUUAGAAAAUAAAUGCAAGAGCAAACUUUUAA